GGACGGUUCUGAAAUCCAGGAGCUCCACCAGCCACAUCAGUGGCCAGUGAGCCAGCGAGCAGCCAUCCAUUGGAGCUGGAGAGUCCGUGCUGCGACUGCGAAUCUGCAAUGGCUGCGGCGAGGGGCCUUGUGCGUAAGCUCCUGAAUACCCACCGGCUCUCCGCGAUGGGCGUCGGCACGUCGGCUGGCUUCUUCAGCGCCGCGGCCGUCGCGUCGGCGGCGUCCGGCGAGGGGCGGACCACCUGCCCGGCCUACCCGUGGCGGCCACAGGACGGAGCGCGAGGCGGGCAGGUGUUCAUGCAGCACGACUGCGCGGCGUGCCACUCCAUGCUCCCGUACGCGGGCCUCAGCGAGGCGGCGGCAUGCGGGGCAGGAGGCCAGGUGGAAGCCAAGGCGGUCGAGAUCGUGGUCGUCGAAGAAGAGGCGCAGCCGGCGACCGCUGGGCCACUCCACGGCGGCGCCUACCGGCCGGACCUCACCCUCGUCACAAAAAUGCUGGAGGGGUGCAACCUGUACAGCGCCGAAGAGCUCAAGAGGAGGGUGUCGCUGCCUACCCCUGUCUGGCUGCAGUUUCUUCAGCCAUACACGAGGACUCCCCAAGCAGCCUGAACGCCUGUUUGAUCUGCCCAACUCCAGUGAAAUUCUAUGCAGCAGUUUGCCUGUUUCUCUUGGAAGCUGUCAUGUAUGGAAAUGACAUUGCACCUGUGCUGGAUCCUCUAGUAGAAUUGAAAUAAAUUUGUACUCGAUAACGUCGCUAUAUAGUAUGUGUUGUGUUGCUCACAGUACCCUACCGUGACAAUAAAAUGAAUUGGAAUAAAUUUGUACUCAAUAACAUCGCUACGUUUAUAGUU